AUGCAUGGAUGUUACCAGAAUCUUAAAAAAGCCGGUGGUGACAAGGUUGGAAAUGUAGAUGCAGAUGCAGAGCAAGGAAUCUGUGAUGCUCCUACACCCCCACAGAGUUCUAAUCCAUCCAACAGUGACAAAGGCUUGGCAGCUUCACAAGAACAUCUUGUUCGCCAACCUGCGGGCACCUGGGGAUAUAUCUUUCAAAUAAUAUUCCAGGUUCCCUUGGUUUCGAAUAGGAUACUUUUGCAUGUGGACAACUACUUACUUUUCGAUGGCAUUGUUGCAUAUUCCGUGUUAUGGCAUAUUCGCUUUGAUAAUGAAGCUGAAACACAGUGUGUUGUCAACGCGCUACCCUGA